AUGGCCGACCCGCUGCGCGGUGUUCAUGCCAUUGCUUCAAAUACCACCCCUCGUCUUCCUUUUCGAAUUCAUCCAUCCACUCAUUGCGCUCUCUUCAAGCCCCCAACUUCCAUCACCUCCACAAAACAGAAAUAUCAACCUCCGAGUCCGACAAUCAUGAUGUAUUUCGCAUACGGACUCAGCCUCUCCGCUCUUGCUGUGAUGGGCCAACUCGUCUUAGCUAGCCGAGAUUAUGAUCCCUCGGGCACAACCCAACAAUGCUCUAUCUAUACUCUGGCUAACACGACGGCAGCCACAUGUAACGACAAUCCAAAUGUGAUAUGUACCAAAGGAUGUCGUGGCUUCGUUACCGCUGAAGGAUGUCGACGAGACGAUGGAUCAGACCCAUACCAAACCAAACCUACCAAAAGUCAUGUCUGCAAUGUUGGGUUCUUUCAGAACACGGCUGGUGCCAAGUCAUGCCAAACCAAAAAAAGAACCUACCGUUGCACAGGCAAUUCGUACGGCUCUGCGACUUGUUCUGGUUGUAUUGAGACUAGAAUCUAUCACGCCCCCUCUCAAAAUUAUCCAGAUGACUGGGCUAGGGCUAGUCACGCCAACCUGCCGUCUAGAAACCCGUGA